AUGUCUGAUAACUCUGCUCCCUCCCAAUGCCUGGGUCCGACCUACCGCGCCGAGGGUGAAAAGCCCACGGCCACCGUCUCCAAGAAAGUCGGCCACGCCAAUGUUCACGUCCUACCGCAGACGCCUCAGCUCAUCGCUCUGCUGACUAUGAUCCGCGACCACCGCACCAACCGCGCCGACUUCAUCUUCUACUCGAACCGUAUUAUCCGUCUGCUUGUCGAAGAAGGCUUGAACCACCUGCCUGUCAUCCAGCAAGAGAUCACCACCCCCGUCGGUCGUCAUUACAAUGGUGUCAAGUUCGAGGGAAAGAUCUGCGGUGUCAGCAUCAUGCGCGCCGGCGAGUCCAUGGAACAGGGCCUCCGUGACUGCUGCAGGAGCGUUCGCAUCGGCAAGAUUCUGAUCCAGAGAGACGAGGAGACGAGCCAGCCUCGUCUCUUUUACGAGAAGCUGCCUGAGGAUAUCAAAGAUAGAUGGGUUCUCUUGCUGGACCCUAUGCUCGCUACCGGCGGUUCUGCUUUGAUGGCUGUCGAGGUCUUGAGACAAAAGGGCGUACCAGAGGAUCGUAUCCUUUUCCUCAACCUCAUCGCCAGCCCCGAGGGUGCCGACAACUUCGCAGAGAAGUUCCCCAAAGUGAGAAUUGUUACCGCUUUCAUUGAUGAAGGCUUGGAUGAGAAGAACUACAUCGUUCCCGGUCUUGGAGACUUCGGAGAUCGAUUCUACACUCUUUAG